AACCCCUUGGGGCAGGGUUCCCGCCGACGCUGCCCUCCAGGCCACCGGAUCCUCGAGCCGGCCAGACCCACGGACCCGCGGAAGGGAAAGGGGACGGCCUCGGGUCGGCGGGACGGCCGUCGGAAGGCGCCCUCCACGCCGAAGCCGUCUUCCAAACACCCCAACAUGGCCCGGGGCGGCAGUCAGAACUGGACCUCCGGGGAGUCAGAAGGGCGGCCGGAGGAGCAGACGACAGAGGAUACCGGAGACAAGAUGGUGAAGGAGACCCAGUACUAUGACAUCCUGGGGGUGAAGCCCAGCGCCUCCCCGGAGGAGAUCAAGAAGGCCUAUCGGAAGCUGGCGCUCAAGUACCACCCAGACAAGAACCCGGAUGAGGGCGAGAAGUUUAAGCUCAUAUCCCAGGCAUAUGAAGUGCUUUCAGAUCCAAAGAAAAGGGACAUUUAUGACCAGGGUGGUGAACAGGCCAUUAAGGAAGGAGGCUCAGGCAGCCCCAGCUUCUCUUCCCCCAUGGACAUCUUUGACAUGUUCUUUGGUGGCGGAGGACGAAUGGCUCGAGAGAGAAGAGGCAAGAAUGUGGUACAUCAGUUGUCUGUAACUCUUGAAGAUUUAUAUAAUGGAGUCACAAAGAAAUUGGCUCUCCAGAAAAAUGUAAUUUGUGAGAAAUGUGAAGGCAUUGGUGGGAAGAAGGGGUCUGUGGAGAAGUGCCCGGUAUGCAAGGGGCGAGGGAUGCAGAUUCACAUCCAGCAGAUUGGGCCGGGCAUGGUGCAGCAGAUCCAGACCGUGUGCAUCGAGUGCAAGGGCCAGGGCGAGCGCAUCAACCCCAAGGACCGCUGCGAAAGCUGCAACGGUGCCAAGGUCAUCCGAGAGAAGAAGAUUAUCGAGGUGCACGUGGAGAAAGGUAUGAAAGAUGGGCAAAAGAUACUAUUUCAUGGAGAAGGAGAUCAGGAGCCCGAGCUGGAGCCUGGUGAUGUCAUAAUUGUGCUUGAUCAGAAGGAUCAUAGUGUCUUUCAGAGACGAGGCCAUGACUUGAUCAUGAAAAUGAAAAUUCAGCUUUCUGAAGCCCUUUGUGGCUUCAAGAAGACGAUAAAAACACUGGAUGAUCGAGUCCUUGUUAUUACAUCCAAAUCAGGUGAGGUGAUAAAGCAUGGGGACCUGAAAUGUGUGCGUAAUGAAGGAAUGCCAAUCUACAAAUCACCUCUGGAGAAAGGGAUUCUGAUCAUACAGUUUUUAGUUAUUUUUCCUGAAAAACACUGGCUUCCCCAAGACAAGCUUUCCCAGCUGGAAGCUCUGCUCCCGCCUCGACAGAAAGUCAGGAUUACAGAGGACAUGGAUCAGGUGGAGCUGAAGGAGUUUAAUCCCAACGAGCAGAACUGGCGCCAGCACAGGGAGGCCUAUGAAGAGGACGAUGACGGGCCGCGGGCCGGAGUGCAGUGCCAGACGGCAUGACGCGGCCCCGUGCAGCGUGGCCUGGCGGGACUAGCACAUCAUGAAUGUAAAGUUGGCACAAUGAAAAAUGGCAUCGCUUUAAUGGCCUCGUGUUUGGGGUGUCCUGUGUAUGUGUUCAGCAUUCUCAACUGCUGAGUGUCUUUGGUUUUUUUUUUUGUUUUUCUUUUGGUUGUAACUUAAGUUAUAGCUUAAUUUAUAUUUAAAUGUUUUAAGUGUAAAUCACCUCUAGUCUGCAUAUGAAAUCUGUUUAUUUACAUUUUCAGGAUAUUUUUGAGAUGCCAGUGAACGCACUGACACUUUGUGCUUCUAGUGGCUUUGCCAUAAUUCAGUUCCACCAAUAAAGCACAGCCCAGACAGUAGCACUCAGCCCCUGAGCAAACCUCCAGGCAUGAAGUGGGUGACCUGGCCCAUGUCCAGCUCUGCAGUUUCUUCCCCUCUGCACCUGCCUCCCAAGGCAAAGUUAUAGAGGGCAUGAUCUCAGGGCUGCUAAUGUGACAUUUCUGAAUCUUGAUUCCAGAUGGUUCUCCUCAAGAAUAAAAGCACAUCUGUGGGCUGGAUUUGGCUGCAGUGCCUGGCUCACACUGAGUGGGCUGCAGGGCCAACUUGGUUCCUGCUGUCUUAUGCCCUUGAGUGUUUGGAGUGGGGUGGGUCUGAUCAUCUCUCUUGGAAGCUUCCUGAGCCUUCCAAGCCUUGUGGUGAGGACAAACCAGUGUUUUAAAUGAAACACUGAUAAAACUAUUUGCCUGCAACCCCUGCACCUUGCCUUUUGUUGUUUUCUGUUGACAGCGUUUGCAGUGCUGUCCCACCAAAGUGCUUACUUGUAAAGAAAAUGAAACCAUCCACAUCCCCAGCAGCCUUAGUGCAGUGACAGAAGCCGUGGGAGAAGCUGGUGGCUCAGCCCCGUGGCACAGCCAGUUUCCCUGCCUGACCAGUGAUCCUGGAUGACUUGAGGCUCUGGGAAGGCAGGGGACAUCUCAGUGUUUUCCACCUCAUUCUCCCAGAUUCAGCUCCUUUCCAAAGGAUGGAUGGUUCAUCUCCUUGCACAGCCAUAUCACAAAGGGCUUCCUGCUCAAGGGAUAAAGUUUUAGUGAGAACUUAAAAGUUCUACUCUGGACCGCAGUCUGUAUGGACUACCACUGUAAAUGAUAACUUGUUCGGAAAGAUAUUAAUUAAUUGUUUACUCCUGGCAAGUAGACUACAAUAUAAAUUUAGAUUCCUCAACCUUCAGCCAUUACUGCUCCUUUCCUUCCCGUAACAGUCACAAAGAAAAACUGCUGCCUUCUCAGCUGCUGGGUUAAAGCAGAGGCCACUUUUCAGAUCCACCCUUACUUGGUCAUACAGUGCCUGCAAGUGUGACUCAGACCAGGGGCCUCCCCAGGAGACCCGAAGGGCAGAUCAGACCCACGGCAGGUAGGUUCAGUGGGUAGACCAGACUCUAGCAGAACACUGCUGGCUGGUGGGUGGGCAUAAUUUACUCAAGAUAGGUACAGAAGGAGCCUGCCUGCCCCACUUUGACCAUUAGUCAGGAAAGAAAGAAAAUCUAUUCUUCCAGCUAAGCCUGUAUGAAAAUCAGUUUACAAAUGGACCACAACUCCAGGGUGUUCUGUUUCUGUGCUGUGACUUCCUAAAGAAUUAUUGCCAGAAAACUACUGUAGUUGAUGAUAAGGCAAAAUUGCAUUCAGCUCCUUGUCAUGUAAAUGGGAUCUGGAGGGUGUUGCUUAAAAUUUAUUCCACCUGUACAUUUGUCACUUUAAAAUUAAAAUUGAGCUGUUAUGAGACA